AAGCUUUAAUGUGUUCCUGGGUGAGGACUGGGUGGCUGGGGUCUCUCCAGCAGCACAGAAGCUCGUCCGGGAUUGCCACCCUCUUCGAGGACCUAAUGGGGCAGGGGGUGACCAGGCUGGUCCCCCUCUUUCUCCUCCUGCUACCCCGGCAGGGCGCUGAAGCCUGUGGCACCAUGGGGUGCUGUUUUCAGGAUCCGCCGUAUCCGGAGGCAGACUCAGGCUUAGCUUCGGGCCCCCGGGACCUAAACUGCUACCGGAUACUCAGCAACGCUGGUUAUGAAUGUUCCUGGGAAUAUGAGGGCCCCGCAGCUGGGGUCAGCCACUUCCUGAGAUGCUGCCUCAAGCCCGGGCGCUGUUGCUACUUUGCCGCAGGCUCAGCCACCAAGCUGCAGUUCUCCGACCAGGAUGGCAUAUCCGUGCUCCACGCUGUCACCCUCUGGGUGGAAUCCCGGGCUGCCAACUGGACAGAGAAGUCCCCCAACAUUACCCUGAACCUCUACAGCUCAGUUAAAUACGACCCUCCCCCAGGAAACAUCAAGGUGUCCAGGUCAGCGGGGCAGCUGCUCAUGGAGUGGGAGACCCCAGCCCACCAGGAUGGUGCUGAGGUACAGUUCCGGCACCGGACACCUGGCAGCCCAUGGAAGUGGGGCGACUGUGGACAUCAGGAUGAUGCUGGCUUCGAGUCAUGCCUCUGCCCCUUGGAGAUGGACACGGCCCAGGAAUUCCAGCUGCGGCGACGGCUGAGGCCGGGGGUCUCCGGAGGUCCCUGGAGCAGCUGGAGCAGCCCUGUGUGCAUCCCCCCUGAAAACCCCCCACAGGCCAAGGUGAGGUUCUCGGUGGAGCAGCUCCGCCCGAAUGGGAAGAGGAAGGUGACCUUCCAUGAGCAGCUGCCCCAGCUGGAGCUUCCAGAAGGCUGCCUCGGGCCCGACUCAGGCAUGGAGGUGACCUACCAUGUCCACCUGCAUAUGCUGUCCUGCCCAUGUAAGGCCAAGGCCACGAGGACUCUGCGCCUGCGGAAAAAUCUCGGCCUCUCGGGUGCCGCCUAUGACCUGGUUGUCUUUUCCCGGAAUCGCUUUGGCCUCGGUCCCAACCAGACAUGGCACAUUCCUGCCUAUACCCACUCAGAACCAGGGGUUCUGAAUAUCAGUACCAGAGCCAACAGGACCACCAUGCAUUGGCCAGCCCAGGCCCAGGGCAUGACAUACUGCAUUGAGUGGCAGCCCCAGGGCCAGGACGAGAGCCUUGCCACCUGCACCCUGACGGCACCCCAGGACCGGGACCCUGAUGGAAUGGCAACGCACAGCUUGAGCCAAGCAUCUGGGGCAAUGAGGCAGAAGGAGUGUUACCGCGUCACUAUCUUUGCCUCUGCACACCCGGAGAAGCCCACCUCGUGGUCCACCGUCUUGUCCACCUUCCACUUUGGAGGCAAUGCCUCGGAGGCCGGGAGCCCACAACAUGUGUCUGUAAAGAAACUCAGCCAGGAUUCAGUGUCUGUGGACUGGACACCAUCUCUGCUGAGCACCUGCCCUGGCGUCCUGAAGGAGUACAUUGUGCGCUGCCAGGAUGAGGCCAGCAACCAAGUAUCCGAGCUGUCAGUGAAUGCCACAGAGACCCAGAUCACCCUCCAGGGCCUGCGGGCUGCCACCACCUACAAGGUGCAGGUUCGAGCAGACACAGCCAAGUGGCGGGGUGCCUGGAGCCAGGCCCUGCGCUUCACCGUCGCAGGAGGCGGCUCUCCCCCAGCCCAAGCUCUUCUGCUCCCAGAAGUCCAGGUUUCUGAGUCAUCCGAUUUGUCCAUCUUCCUCGCAUCUUUUGGGAGCUUCGUGAGCAUCCUUCUCCUGGGAAUCUUUGGGUACCUCGGCUUGAACAGGGCUGUAAGGCACCUGUGCCCACCCCUGCCCACACCUUGUGCCAGCACUGCCGUCGAGUUCUCUGGCAGCCAGGGGAAGCAGGUUUGGCAGUGGAACAGCCCGGCAGACUUCCCAGAGGAGGUGUCCCAGCAAGGGGCCCUGGUGGUGAACAUAUCCUGGGACAAAGGAGAGCGAACUGACGUGGACACAGCUGUGCUUCUCAAGGAGAAGAUGGAGCUGCCUCUGGGUGCCCCUGAGCCAGCCCUGGACACGGAGCUGCCCUUGAAAGACAGGAAAUGGGUGCAGGGAUGCCCUGAGGCUGGGACUCUGGGGCCUGGCUGGAAGGACAGUCUGGAGGACAGCCCGGCCCAGGCAGCUGGACUCCCGCUGCUCCUGGGAGACCUAAGGCAGACCCCCAAAUUCCGUUCCCAGGGAGAAACAGAAACAUCUGCCUCCCCUUACAGAUAGGAAGACCAAUGAUCGCAAUCACGACAGUCGGUUAUUAAGUACUUAUUGCAUACCCAGCCUGUUCUUUCUAGGCACGUGAUGCCCUGAAUCCCCAUAGCCGCCUUGAGGUACAUGGCUGUCUUAUUAACCUAUUUCAGUGAGCCUCAGUGAGGCUCAGAGAGGGCGAGUGGCUGGCCUGUGGCCACACAACACAGGCAGGAGUCUAACCCAGGCGGAGUGACUCAGACCCCAUCCCCACUGCCCGGGCUCUGGCGUCAGUGCCCCCCACCAACACCCACUCUGUCCAGCA